UCACAGGACUGCUCAGAGAUCUAGAUUCCCUACGACAACUGUCGAAAUACACAUCUUUGUCGGCUUAAUAUGGACUACAAGUUCUACAUUGACAGACACCAUUACUCUUCAAACGUGAUGGCUAAAGGAGGAUGUUCUCAUGAAGUCUCUGAGAUCUCCAAACCUGAGAUGGAUUCCCACUUGUUAGAUUGUCCGAUCUGUCUGGAACAGCUACACCAACCCAAGUCGCUCCCCUGUCUUCAUUCCUUCUGUCAGGAAUGUCUGUCCACUUUCAUCAUCAAGGACCUGUCAGGGAAGAUGGCGGCGGCGACUGCCUUCCCAUGUCCAGUUUGUAGGAAGAUGACCCAUCCGGUCAAUGCGGCUGAGGACAAAGAUAAAUGGGCUCAACAAUUCCCAACGAAUGAGUUGGUUAAAGACCAGGUAAAGGUCACAGCACGUGAGCUGAUGUUCUGUAAGCCUUGCGGGAAAAAAGGAAACACGGAGACACCUGCUACAAUAUUGUGUAAAACAUGUGAUGUCCUGUUCUGUGAUACCUGUAAACUUGAACAUCAUGAUUUGUUUCUGGAAGGAUGUGAAACAGUAGAUGUAACUGGGAAAGCCGGUAUGGUACAACGACAAGUAACAAAACAGGUCAGAUGUGGAAAACAUACAAAGAAGAUGGAUUACUACUGUGAAGAUCACCAGAUACUUGGCUGUAGUAGAUGUAUCACCAUAGACCACAGACGAUGUGACGAAGUGACAACGACACUGGAGUAUUGUGAUAAACUGAAGAGGGAAUCACGGCUGGAUGACUUGAAGACAUCACUGAAGAAAACUACAGAAGCCAUUGAGCUACUGAUCAAAGAGUUUGGUGAGCAACUUCAGACCCUGUUAGAAGAUCAAGACACCGGAUUGAAAAGUUUAGCAGAUCUACGACAAAGGAUCGACACACGUCUUGAUACCAUGCAGAAAAAUAUCACAGAUGAGCUGAUAGCAACUUACAAAGAGGAGAAAGAUAGUCUGGAGAUGUCUAUGCAGAAAUGUGAACGGCUGAUGUCUUCGAUUCAAAAUACAGUAGAAUCUUCUGGGAAAGCGAUUCAGAGGAAUGACAGUGUGGACACGAUCUUGUUGUAUCAGAGAGGUCAGGCGGAGGUCAAGUCUUACGAGGACCUGGUCACAGAAAUGAGGAAGAAGUUCACCACAGUCAGAAUCAAACACAGCGUCGACCUGAAUCUUCAAACGCUGGAUAAGGACAUUCCAUUGUCUAUGGGGAAAAUCAAAAUGGAGAAGACUCCUUAUCGUCUUCCUGGUCUUUUGUCGUCUCACUUGUCGGAAUGUGGAGUGAGGGAGGUAAGCAAGUUCUGCAUCAAGUGUCCAUCAGAUGACUUAUACUGUCAUGCAUCUGGGGUCGUUUACUUACCGGACGAUCAUAUUGUUAUAGGAGAUUAUCACAACAAAAAGAUCAAGUUGUUUACAGCUUCUGGGGAAUGUGAAGAUGAGAUGAAGCUUCAAGGAACACCGCAUGACAUGUGUCGUGUGAAUGAUCACACUGUAGCAGUCGCUAACAUAGCUGCGCCUGUUAUAUACGUCAUCACAGUGGGGUCCUCUAAAUUAACUCUGAUGUUAGAAAUAAAACUCUCAAACAGUAUCAUUCCGUGGGGUAUCACUGCUACAGUUGACGGGUUCACUGUGAGUUCCAGGCAGGACUUGUACAAUGUCCAACAGAAUGGGAAUACGCAACAUAUACAAACUUGCCCUUCUCAAUGCCAUCAUCUUGUGUCCGAUCCAAGAACCCUUCAUUUAUAUGUCAGUCAGGUGACAUCCACCAGUGGCAGAGUAGCGGUAUACAGACUGUCACACGGUACUCGUACAGACGUGGCGACAGUUGGUGUCCUGAAGGGCGCGUUUGGAGUAGACGUCGACGUAGAAGGCAAUGUGUACGUGUGUGGGCGGGAGUCUAACAACGUGGUACAAAUGUCGGAGGAAGGGGCCCACGUCAGAGAACUACUGACGUCAUCAGACGGUGUAGACAGGCCGAGGGCGAUAUCUGUCUGUGGGGACAGGUUUGUUGUGACAAACGAAUCAUCACAGAAUAGGAACUACGUACAGAUCUUUAAACUUGUAUGAUCAGUAACAACGAUCUAAGUAAACAGACGAACCAUAAACCGACAGUAGUAUGCUGGUAGUGUGCGAUUUAGUUGAUAUGAAAGUAUAACCUAUAAUUAGAGCAUGGUCGUGUCAGGAAUACCAAUACCAAUAUACUCGUCAAACAACGAUGCUAAAGACGUACUAGUCUUUGUUUGUAUUACAAUAGAUGUAUAGUUUUACUCCUAUAAAGUCUCAAGUUUUCUAUUAGGAAAAUCAUAUUCUCAUAAACACUGUUUAUCUCAAACAUUACGAUACAUCGCUAAGUUAAGGACUGACAAAGUAAUGCUUAAAUGGAUUGUUUCGUCAUUACUUAUCUUAACAUUUAUAUAUUGACAAGAAAAACACAAUCAGGAUGUGAUUUUGUGAUAUGUUUGUGUUAAUAACAGUUUAUAUUAUUGGUCAAAGUACCAGUGAGAAAUAUGGAUGUAUCAUCUGUUUAUGUUUUAAUGAAAUGUGGUAAAUAUGUGUUUUAAUGAAGUUGAAGUGUAUUAUGGUAUGUAUGCGUCCGAAGUGUUCGUGCAUGACUUGUUACAAAGUGUGUCCAUGAAAGUGUGGGAUAUAAUUUGUUCAUGCUGUGAUAAAGUGCAGAGUUAAACUGUCUAUGGUUUAUGAAACGUUAACUGUUUGUACUAUACGUUUGUAUGAAAUAGUGAUUGAUUGUACUGUACGUCUGUAUGAAAUGUUGAUUGAUUGUACUAUACGUUUGUAUGA